AGGACCUGAUAUGCUCCGUGUGCUAUUCGUGUGGUUCGGUUUCUCCUUGGCCCACACCUCGGCGAAUUCGUCCUGGUACCGGGACUACUUGAAGAUCGGUCAGACUACCCUGGUCGAGUGCAGGAAGGAAACUGGGGCGUUUGACCCUCGCGUAAACGACUACCACGUCUCGUUAGUGCGAAUGAAAAAUUGUGUCGAAAAUAAGUUUCUGUCCUCCUUGGAUGCUCUGAUCCUAUCGAAGGACGUACCUAUAAAUCCAUACGUUACCAUGAAAAUGGAGGAUAAUCACAUUGCCUCCAACCUGACGGAAGAAAGCGAUGAUCUUUUUACGGAAGAUCUAACCACAUCAGUUUCCAAGAGGAUUUUCAAGCUUUUCGAGACACACACGUUCAAAAUCAACCUGGCGGAAUUGAGCAAAGGAAACCAAGUCGAAGGCCGGAGGAGACACCAUUAUCGAAGGGCGUUUCCCAUGAUGGUCGCCGGAUUCAUGAUGAUGACCGCCUUCUUGGUUCCACUCGGGUUCCAGUUCAUGGCCAUGAUCGGAGGUAAGGCGCUCCUCCUCGCCAAGAUGGCCUUCUUCAUGAGCAUGUUCAGCGGUUACAAACGUCUCACGAACGAUCUCGACUACCAUCAUCACCAUCCUUCCGGGCACGACCAGCUGCUCCACCACCUAGCUUUCCACCACAGGAGUUCAGAGAAUCCAAUGACAGUGGCAUACUCCCACCAGCAUAACGGUCUCAUGCCUCUGCACAGAAAAGGAUGAUUUUGACACAAAAGGCACAUAUCACGAUUUUCGAAGUAAACCAUUCAGGGCACUAUUAAAAACUCCAAAUGUUCAUGUUUUUAUUCUACCAGGCUUGAUUUUUCACAAUUCUGAUUAAGAAAAAGCUGCAUGAUCAAGAUGAUGGUGAUAAAUCUUCUUUAAAAAAAAGAAUAA